AUGCCUCCUCGGAAAAAGACCAAAGGGAGUGUGCGUGCGCCGUCGACUCCUGCCAGAGAUGACGAUUCGAUGGCUGUUGACACGCCUCAAACCGAUCCCACCGGAGCGAAGCCAAAACCUUACGAUCUACUGAAGGACCCUUGGACAGACGAGCAGGAGACAUCACUCUUCAAGGGGAUCAUCAGGUGGAAACCGGCUGGCAUACACAAGCACUUCCGUAUGAUCGCAAUAUCAGAACAUCUACGAAAUCAUGGCUACGAUCCUACAAUUGAGCAGCAUACGCGCAUACCUGGGAUAUGGCAGAAGCUGCGCACGAUGUACGACCUGGAAAUCAUUGACGACCGGGAAAAUUACAUCGAUGACCAAGAUCAAUUCAUGGAAUUCAAGCUGCCGGAAGAGGAAUUUGAGGAUAUGAUGUUUAUGAAGGGGCAGAGAACCGCUGCCGAAAACGCGGCCAGUGAGGCUCCAUCUUCACCUCCUCAGCUAGGCCGAUUACCAUCGCCGUCAGGAGCAAGGAAACGCAAGAGGGGAGACACUGUUGCUACAAAGAAUAGGGCGGAUACCGUGGACGAUACAGAUGAGGCCAGGACAUCGCCAGCCAAUUCUCCACCGAAGUCAACACGAACUGGGAGAAGUACCAAUAGGUCAAUAGGGCGUCUGAAGGGAGACUCGACUUCGAGACAGCAUAGCAAAGAUACGUCUGCUACUGCGGAUACGGCAGACGAGGAUGAUGGAGGAGAAGAAACAGAGGAGGUGGCAGAGGAAGAUGAGGAUGCCGAGGAGGAAGAAGGGACUGCUUCUCCAAAGCCUUCCAAAGCCUCAAAGGCAAAGGCAGAUCCGCGGACAACUAGGAAAAGCAGGAGGAAGAAGUAG